AUGCUUGAAAGUAACCCGAUUCCAUCAUCAUUCGGCAGUGUUUUUUCACCAGAGCAAGUGGCAUGUGUUUGUGAAGUAUUACAACAAAGUAAUGAUAUCGAACGCUUAGCAGCAUUUUUAUGGUCAUUACCAUCGUGCGAUCAUUUUCACAACAAUGAAAGUGUUAUUAAAGCAAAGGCAGUAGUGGCAUUUCGUCGGGGAAAUUAUCGUGAAUUAUAUCAUAUAUUAGAACGUUAUCAUUUUUCACCACAAAGUCAUCCACAAUUACAACAAUUAUGGUUACAAGCACAUUAUAAUGAAGCAGAAAAACUGAGAGGACGACAAUUGGGAGCUGUGGGAAAAUAUCGCGUGAGAAGAAAGUUUCCAUUACCACGUACGAUAUGGGAUGGAGAAGAAACAAGUUAUUGUUUCAAAGAAAAAUCAAGAAAUACAUUACGCGAUUGGUAUACCCACAAUCCUUAUCCAUCUCCACGCGAAAAAAGAGAAUUAGCCGAUGGCACAGGACUAACAACAACACAAGUUAGUAACUGGUUUAAAAACAGAAGGCAAAGAGAUCGUGCCGCCGAAGCAACAGACAGAAAACCAUUAGAAAAUGGUGAAAAUCAUUCUCAGAAUGACAAUUCAUUAGAUGGUACUCAUUCAAGUGAUAGCGAUGGAAAAGGAGAUUAUAACGGUGUUUUAUCCGAAGUAGAUCUUAAACGUCCACAAUUAUCGACAACGGUCGGUUCGCCAUUUUGCAUUGACUUUCAAAGUUGUUUCAAUAAUACAAAUAAUAUUACUACACAUCAUUUUUCAAAUGUGGGUACUAGCACCCUAAUACCAACUAGUACCACUAUCAUGCCAUCCUCGUCGUCGGCAUCAUCCGUUUCUCAUAAUAUAAAUAAUGGUAAAAUAUCUCAACAGCAACAAAACGAUGAGAACAAUACAUUGAGAGAUUAUCACUCCUUAUGA